AUGGCGUUCAAUGAUCUCCAGCAAACAAUUCAUCAAAACCCAUCUCUAACGUUUGAAAAAGAUCGAAUCUUUCGCCGACCAAAGAAUCAUCUCAACCUGUCAAGGCAAACUAAAGGCAUGUUCUCUGUCCUCUUUGUUGACCGAACCGGUCACUCGCGCCUUUCUUUCAAUUUCUUUCCGAUGUAUAGUUCGAAUGAUAUAGUUAUCGUGGGUUCAUGCAACGGUUUGAUCUGCGUUCUAGUCGACGCAUGUCGGUUUUUCUUGUUGAAUCCUUCGACAAGAGAGUCCGAGGAAUUGCCCGACUUCUUUACCGGAGCGAUGUUCCCGAAGAAUGUCGUUUCUAUUCGUGGAUACGGAUUUGGUUUCGAUGAGAGUAGCGGCGAUUACAAGGUCUGCGCCGUUUGUUAUAUGAUGUUAGUGUUUGGUUCAAACAUGACUUUUCCGAGUACCGCAAGAGUGUAUAGCUUAAAGGCCGAUUCUUGGGGACGUAAUUUGUUCUUUAAGGAUGUGUGUAUAUUUGGUUCAGCCAAGUUUGUGAGUGGGAAGUUACACUCGAUUAGUGAUUUUAAAACGAAGUCGAAAUGGGAUGAUGUUUGUUUCGAUUUGAAGAGUGAGACUUUUGGAAUCGUGAAACAAGCUAGUUGUAUGAAGGGUUAUUACUAA